AUGGUUGUUGACUGCUCGGAAUCAUCAAAUUGUUCGCUUCAUCACGUGGAAGUCUUCAAUGAAAAAAUUUCUUCGUUUGUUCCUAUGUCACUAUGGGAAACAUUGUCUGAUCUAUUAUAUUCUUCAACAUCUGUUGCUGCUGAUUUGGUAUGUUUAGAUUCAUCAGAUCGGGUUCUAACACGAUUUAUGACAAAUGUAGUUAAAGGUUUUGAAAAAAAUUAUGAAAUCAUUCCAGAAAAAUUGGGACCAGUACGUAUUUAA